CCUUGAAUACAUGUUUUGUAAUCACAGGGCAAAACAAAUCACAGAGUCUGUUGUAUAAAACAACCAGUUUCCACAACUGCAUGGACAUUAAAAUGUGACUGGAUCAAGCCAUACUACACAACACAAAACACUUAAAGAAGAACUACAGACACCCAAAGAACAGGUCCUGCUGAAGAAUGUGUCCUACAUCACCUGCAAAGGGGCUCGCUUUCCUAAAUUUCCUGCUCUUAUUGGCAGUGGGGACUUGUGAGGUGCUGAAGUCAGAAGUUCCAGAGAACUAUGGAGGAAACUUCCCUUUUUAUAUCGUAAAGCUGCCCAAGCAGGCGUUAGGGUCAUACCAUUUCACUCUGACUGGAGAUGACGAGGGGGUUUUCGGGGUGGAUUCAGGAUUUCUGUAUGCUACAGCACCCUUCGACAGAGAGAAGCACCCCUCCUACACGCUGCAGGUGAGCGUGACUGACAAAGGGCAGCCAGUCAUUGACCCCAUCACUAUUUACAUCCAGGUGAAGGAUAAAAAUGACAACUUUCCACAGUUUACAAAGGAAUCCAUGUCAGGAAUCGUCUUCUCUGGUCUGGGGACAAAAUCAGGGUCUCCCUUUAUGCAGGUGCAGGCCACUGACCUGGAUGACCCCGCCACCCCACAUGCUGACCUCCGCUACAGUCUGGUCAGUCAGGCCCCCGCAGAACCAUCCGGAAACAUGUUCCAGAUUCACUCCUUGACUGGCUCUGUGUCCCUCACUGCAGAAGGUGCACGUCUCCUAGACCCAGAGAAGUGUAACAUGUAUCACCUGAAGGUGACAGUCAAGGACAUGGGUGAGGAGUCCUAUGCACACACAGCGGAGGGCAUUGUGUCCAUUAAAGUCAUGGAGAACACGUGGAUCCCACUAGCGCCUGUGAAUCUGCAGGAGAACCAGCGAGGCCCUUUCCCACAGCGGAUCUCCCAGGCUCAGUGGAGCGGAGGGCCAGCUGUUUACAGGCUGAAGGGAGCUUUCUCUAGGGGUCUUUUUACCAUCAGCAGCGAGGGCGUCAUCUCAGUGACCCGGCCUCUGGAUAGAGAAGCUCAGGCUGAGUUUCAGAUUGAGGUAUUUGCAGAAAGCCCUGACGGCACUGCGUACGCCGACUCCCUCACGCUGGCAGUCACUGUGGGAGACGACAAUGACAACGCACCCGUCUUCUCCCAGCAGCUGUACCAGGCAGACCUGAAUGAGCUGGCCGUGCAAGAGACAGAAAUUCUUAGAGUCCAGGCCACUGAUGCAGAUGCUCCCGCCACGGAUAACUCAAAGAUUGUUUACCGAAUUGCCAGUCAGAAACCAGAAAGCAAAGAGUCUUUAUUUAGAAUGGACAGGGAAUCGGGAGCCAUUACGGUGCAGGCAGCUAGUCUGCAUGGUGCUGCAACUCACUACACUCUGGAAGUAAUAGCAGAGGAUCUGGCCGGGAAGAAAGGAGGGCACAGCAGCACCUGUACGGUUAUCCUGGACAUAGUGGAUGUGAAUGACAGGCCUCCUGUGUUUUCACAAAGAAAGUAUGGACCAUUUAAGGUGCCUGAAGACACAGAGACGGGUUUUCUGGUAACAAAGAUCACAGCUUCAGAUGAAGAUAAGCCUGGAACAGACAGCUGGCUUGUAGAGUUCAAGAUUGAGUCAGGAAACGAGGGAGAAAUCUUUGAAUUGCAGGCAGACAGAGAGAAUAAUGCAGCCAGCGUAAUCCUCAAGAAGGAGCUGGACUUCGAGAGUGUGCAGGAGUAUUCUCUGGUGCUCAGUGCUCGGAACGUGGGGGCGCUGGUUGCCGGUGGUUACGGCUCGGACUCCACGGCUACCGUCUUGGUUCAGGUGGUGAAUGUGAACGAGGCGCCGGUGUUGUCCCAGGAAGUCUAUGUGGAGAGUGUGGAGGAGGGGGUGCCAGCGGGGACGGUGGUGCUCACCGUGCAGGGCUCGGACCCCGACACCCCUCUCGGAAUUGCCCUCAGAUAUUCUCUGAAAGGAGACACCAAUGAAUGGUUCAUCAUUAAUGAAUACACUGGGGAGAUCAAAACUGCCCGAGUUUUGGACAGAGAAGUGAUGGAGGGUACCUACACUAUGGUGGUGGUGGCAGAGGAGAGAGCAGUAAGCCCUAACAGCACCCCUAUGUCAGUGACAGCAGCUGUGACGAUAAAUAUCAAGGACGUGAAUGACAACUACCCUCACCUGGUAGGGGAUUACUCCCAGAAGUACAUGUGCUCACUGCAACGUGAGAACCAGUCCAUUAUCAUCGGAGCAACGGACAGGGAUGUGCAGGAGCAGAGUGGGGCUCUGCAAUUUUCAUUCAACAACGAUCCCACUGUGCGCCGCAACUGGAGGCUCAGACCCAUCAACGGUACACAUGCUUAUCUUUCCAUGGGACUCAGUUACUUGGUGCCUCAAGUCUAUAUGGUGCCUAUCAUCAUCACAGACAGUGGGACUCCCAGACUGGAAAAACAAUUUAACCUGCCAGUGACCGUGUGCCAGUGCUCUGAACGCGGGAACUGCAGGACUCAAGUCUUGGAAAUGAUGGGAAAGCCAACUCCUCUGUCUGCUUUGGGCCUUUUAUUUGGAACCCUAGGAAUGUUAGGCCUUGUUGUGAUGAUAGGCUUGGCGAAAUUGAAAGCUAAAAGCACAGACAACCCAGAGAAAAUCCCUUUGAACAAUUCUGCAUAGCGCCCAGCAAAGAAGAGGAUUCACCCACAUUUUACAGCCUGCCAUUAAACCUACAGUACUCACCUAUAGCACCUGAGGAGCCCUGUGGCAAACACAGCGCUAACUAAAGAAAACACAAUAAAGAUGAAAGGCAAGACACUGCUAGAUGAAUGGUCAGGGUGUCCUCCGUGUCAAUACUUUAAUUGCUAAACGAUAAAUCCACAAAGAUAUAUAACUAAUGAGUGCCUUUAGCCACAGUUAAAAUAACCAGCACAUCAAGCUGAAGAACAUCAUGCCUCCUAUCUAUACAACAGGUCGCUGUUCAUUGAUUUUAUGAGUGUGCUAUUAAACUGAUGACCAUCAAAUAUUUCAGUUAUACAACAGGGCACUGUUAAACAAUUAAAAGUAAGGUGGUCUUCCGUUUGAUAUUACACUGUAAAAUAAUGUAACUGUGCCAUAUCAAACUGAAGACCACGAUUCAUUUUAUUUAUACAACAGGUCACCGUUAUAUUAUUUAACAGUGUGAUAUCAAACUGAAUAUACUAUAUAUAUAUAUAUAUAUAUAUAUAUAUAUAUAUAUAUAUAUAUAUAUAUAUAUAUACAUACACACUAUUUAAACAAAAGAUCUGUGUUAAAAACAGUGGUUGAAGUAUGGCUUAUCUGCUAACGAUGCCAUACUGUCUCACAAACCAUCAGUUAAUGUAGUGGUAUUUAAAACCAAUAUGAAAUCCCAGUUAUAUAUCAGUAGAUAUAUAAAAAGAGCAAAGCCAGCACAUGUUGUGUGUAAGAUAUUAAUUGGUGUCCUCUUCAGCUUUUUAAGGGGAUAGGGGGUGGUCCAAUCAAAUGUUAAUGUAUUUAAUACAGUAUUUUCUUACAUCUGAUUUUAAAAUUCAACUGCCUUAAAACAAAAGUGUGAUUAUUAUUAUUAUUAUUAUUAAUAGAGAGCUCUUGACAGUCUGUGACAGCUCCCAAUAGAUUAAUAGCUUAGUGACAAAUGAAUGAUUUCUGAUGGCUAACACACUGCUAAAAAGAGAUGUAUGCCGUCAGGUGUAAAUUAAAUAAAGCCAGUUUUACUGUC